AUGAAUAUGCAAGAAUUGCAAGUUAAAGACGUCGAAAGUAACACCUGCACAGUGGGUGACAUUGACUCGGACACAAGGACGCCCUUGACGACUGCAACAGAUGGAUCGAAAUACUUCACCACCAGAUUAGCCAGAGUUGAGGAUGAUAUUCCGCUCAUUGCCACCAUUCUCAAUCAAGCCUACAAAGUAGGCGAACAGGGAAUUCUUGAUGAUUCACCAAAGUUUCCCCUGGUACGAGCCAAAGAAUCAGAAGUCCGUGACAUGAUACAAGCACAGCAAAUGAUCAUCUUGCUUGAAAGCCAAACAAGUAGUACCAACAACGACCACAGCUGUACUAAGCUCAAGACAAUUUUAGGUUGCGUGAGGGCGUUUGUCGUGGAUCAUGCUUGCACCGAUGACAGGAGACAAAAUAGCGACUACACUGGUGAAUGGGGUUGCUUGGCAAUCGAAUUGUCCCACCAAGGCCGUGGACUGGGUCGUAUGUUGGUAAACGCUGCCGAACAGCACUUGCACGAACAAUCCUGCCGGUUCUUGCGAAUCGAUCUGCUGGCACCGUCAUCUGGCGACCAUGCGCAUAAGGAGCGCCUACGUACAUGGUAUACGAAAAGACUAGGUUACAAUCUUUCAGUACCCGGGGACUACGCGGCCUCAACUAAAAAAUUGUCGGCGAGAUCGCUUUUAGCCGGUCGAUUCCUUUUAGCUAACGAUACCGACUACACGUGUUACAGAAAGCGAAUAUCCAUUGACUGUGAGGUUAAGAACGGGCCAAUACACGAUAGACAUUCGGCCUAA